AUGACUCCCCAACACCAGAACGGCCAGGGCCGGUGGGCCCGUGCCAACGAUCCACUCGUUCUCGAAACCGACCGCCCCAGACAAAUGGUUGGCCGGGGCGGCCCUCCUCCCAUCGCCUCACUUCUGCCCAGGAGUUUCACUGCCUCAGGUGCCCUGUGGGUGGAGAAUAAAGUUGGAGACUCCGACCGGGACUGA